AUCACCGCCCGGAGCCCGCUUCUCCACUGCGGCUUUUGGGAAGGAGCUCCUCUAAGUGCAUCCACAGAGGCGUGCGCAAAGCUCCGAGGGCCGAGGGAGGGAGGGAGGACCCCGCGAGAGCUGCGACUAUCCCUCGGGGCCAUGGACUCGGACGCCAGCCUGGUGUCCAGUCGCCCGUCGUCACCAGAGCCCGAUGACCUUUUUCUGCCGGCCCGGAGCAAAGGCAGUGGCGGCAGCGGCUUCACGGGGGGCACGGUGUCCUCGUCCACGCCGAGCGACGGCCCUCCGGAGCUGAGCGCAGAGCUGCGCGGCGCCAUGGGCGCGGCGGGCGCGCACCCCGGGGACAAGCUGGGCGGCGGCGGCGGCGGCUUCAAGUCAGCCUCGUCCAGCACUUCGUCAUCCGCAUCGUCGGCGGCCGCGUCGUCCACCAAGAAGGACAAGAAGCAGAUGACGGAGCCCGAGCUGCAGCAGCUACGCCUCAAGAUCAACAGCCGCGAGCGCAAGCGCAUGCACGACCUCAACAUCGCCAUGGACGGGCUGCGCGAGGUCAUGCCGUACGCGCACGGCCCGUCGGUGCGCAAGCUCUCCAAGAUCGCCACGCUGCUGCUGGCGCGCAACUACAUCCUCAUGCUCACCAACUCCCUGGAGGAGAUGAAGCGACUGGUGAGCGAGAUCUACGGCGGCCACCACGCGGGCUUCCACCCGUCGGCCUGCGGCGGCCUGGCGCACUCGGCGCCCCUGCCCGCCGCCACGGCGCACCCCGCGGCCGCCGCGCACGCCGCGCACCACCCCGCGGUUCACCACCCCAUCCUGCCUCCCGCGGCCGCCGCCGCCGCGGCCGCCGCGGCCGCCGCCGCGGUGUCCAGCGCCUCCCUGCCCGGCUCCGGGUUGUCGUCGGUCGGCUCCAUUCGGCCCCCGCACGGCCUGCUCAAGUCUCCGUCCGCGGCGGCGGCGGCGGCGGCGGCCCCGCUGGCGGGCGGGGGCGGCGGCAGCGGGGGCGGCGGCGGCUUCCAGCACUGGGGCGGCAUGCCCUGCCCCUGCAGCAUGUGCCAGGUGCCGCCGCCGCACCACCACGUGUCGGCCAUGGGCGCCGGCAGCCUGCCGCGCCUCACCUCCGACGCCAAGUGA